CAAAUCAAUUUAGGUUAUGAUUUAGAGACUGUUAAUACAGGCCAGUAUACUCUGAACACUUCGCACUGAAUUCCUCACAGCCAAGUGCAGUGGACCAUCACAUAAUAUACAGACGGAACAGUGUACUUAUGACAUUCCGCAAAACUGGAAAGUUAUUGACGCUAGUUGGCUUUGUAAUAUGCUUAUCCUUGCUGGGCAUACUGUAUGGAAAUCUAUCCACUAUUACUGAAGAAAGAGAUCAUAUUUUAGUGAAGAAGAAUGAAAUCAAGCAUGUAGCUGAUGAGCUCAAUACCAGGAUAAGCAGCCUGCAAGAAAAGAUCACCAGACUCGAGAGUUCCCUUAACCAGUGCAAUGCAGCUAAACUAGAAGCCGAGGAAGGUAAAAGCCUUCUUCAACAAGAGACAGACACUUUAAAGAGCGAGAUUGAGUACAGGAAAAUAUCAGAUGAUAAUGUUAAGUCCAGUUACGAUCAAGAAAUCCAACAAUUGAAAGCUCAGCUCACAGACACUGAACUUGACAAAUCAAGUCACAAAGAAGAGUCUGAGGCGUGCCAGAACACAAACGAAGACUUGCUGGCUCAACUGAACGCUGGUAAAGAACGGACGAGUCAGUUAGAGAAGUCAAGCCAGGAAUGUGAGAUUGAGAAGAGGCGUCUAAUACAAGAAGCCCUAGAUUCACCUAACAAAGAACCUGUCGACCAGAAAGAAGAAGAUAGUAAAGAAGUAGAGGGAGGUAAUGUUAACCCAGUAGCAGCAGUACCAGCACCGGUGGGAGAGUCAGGUUUCAAGGAUGGUGCUGCUGUGGAUAUUGUGGACCACGUGGCAGACAUUCCUGAAGCUCCUAAAGACAACUCAUUUGUUGAUACUAAUCAGGCUAUACCUGAAGCCCAAGCACCAGCUCCAGGGAUCCCUGUCGAGCAGCCGGUAGUUCCGGGUGAUAUCGGAGGUGCAGUAGCACCUGCUCCUGGGGCAGAACCUGUUCAGGAGUUCAAGAGGGACAUUGAGGAUCAGUUAGCUGGAGGUAUGGGAGGGUUCCAACCUCUCCAGCCUAUACCUGACGCUGCUCUGGCAGAGUCCCUGGACAGAGUCAGACAGGAGGAGCAACUUGAAGAACUACAGGAUCGACAAAAUCAUCUCCAACCUGAGGUGCCUGAAGAAGAUAACCUGGCUCCCGCUAACGAGGACCAGGGUAACGACAAUAACAUAGCCCUGCAACCCGCCCUGCCCCCAGAAAUGCAAGCCGCACAGCCCGCCCCUAACGGUGAAAAUGAAAGUGAAAGUGAAAGUGAAGUUGAUUUCGAAGAUUUCGACGGUGGUGAUGAUGAUGAUAACGACAGUGAUGUUAAUGGAGAUACUAACAGUAAUCAGGAUAAUGUUGUAGAUAACGAGGUACAACUUGGACUAUUGCCAGAGUUAGUACCGGCCCAGCCUGCUCCAAACGUCUGAUUUGUAAGCUUAUUAACUAAUUAUGAUGAUUAAUCGAUUAUCACAUUAAGUAACUAAUUGGUUGAUUAAUUUGAUAACGUUAUCUGAUAUUGAUUGAUAAUGGAGGUUGUUGCUCUAGAAGGGUAGCAGCCUGAUUCUUUAACCCUGAGUUUCUACAGUUCUAUUUUAAUUUUGUAUUGCAGAUACUGAAUUUAGUUUACUUAUAGAUAAAUAAGGUUAAUUUAUGUAUUUUAAGCUGGGUAAUAGAAAACUUUGGACCCGUGAUAAAAACUUUUGCCCCUCAUAAGUCACUAUGAGGGGGUAUAAAAGGUAAAGAUGCAUAAUGAUAAAGAUGAAAUAAGGUAAAGAUGCAUGGGUUAACUUAUUUUAAAAUUCUGAAUAUAAGUCAGAGUUUGUUGGGGAGUGCUUUACAGUUACUAACUUAUUAAAGUAUAUCCUGAUCGCAUGAUUACAAGUAUUGUACAUACAGGGUGUUCACGAUACAUUGAAACGUUUCAAUGUAUCGUGAACACCCUGCACAUUAGGUAAAAUGUUUGUUCUUACAGUUUCAUUAGUCAUCUCAAGCCGUCUUUUGCUCUAAACGCACUCAAUAUUUUCAGUUUAUUAAAUUCAAGUUCACAUUUCAAUUUCUAUUAAGCUAUUUUUUACCGUCCUGGGGAAUUCAGUUUUGAAAAAUGUCUUUAUAAUUUACACGUAUAAUAAAUUCCUGAAUCUAUUUUUGAACUUGAACGGCAAUUUGUACAUUUUCGCAAAGUUUUAGUUUUAAACCAAUAUUAACUGAUAUAGGUACAGUAAAUAUAGGUACAGUAAUUUUAUACCAAGAGGUUGUUUUAUUCGUUUGUUUGUAUAGCUGCUAAAAUUAAGGACUAGAAUACUCGUUUACAAUAACUUAUAACUUACAACAAUAUUUUACAUAUUAUAUAAUGCAUAGCUAGAACCCGUAAUGAACAUUACAAUUACAUUGACUUGCAGGUAUUUUCAUUAUAUUUCAGUAAAUCCCCAUAUUAUUUCAACUAAUUUAC